AUGGAAACGAUUCAACAUUUUCAGAUAUCAUUGCUCUCUAAGGAUGAUUGUUGGCUACUCUUUGAAGAGCGUGCAUUUAUGUGUGGAACACCAAAAACUCCAAACUUUGUUGAUAUUGGAAAAGAAAUAGCUAAAAAAUGUAAGGGUGUUCCCUUAGUUGCCAAGACAUUAGGAAGUCAGUUGGGCUUCAAAAGUGAUAUAAACGAAUGGUGUAAAAUAAGAGAUAAUGAGAUAUGGGAGAUAUCACAAAAUGAAGAAUUUGAUCUCUUACCUAUUUUAAGGUUGAGUUACUAUGACCUCCCUUAUCAUUUGAGAAGAUGCUUUGUGUUUUGUGUUAUAUUUCCCAAGGAUGCUGAAAUCAAAAAGAAUAAAUUAAUCCAAUUGUGGAUGGCCCAUGAUUUAAUCCCUACAGUUAAAAACCAAGCAGUUGAAGAUAUUGGGAAUGCAAUUUGGAAAGAGUUGUGUUGGAGAUCCUUUUUUCUAGACGAGAAAUUAGAUCGGUAUAGACUUUAUGAAAUAUGUAAGAUGCACGAUCUUGCCCAAUCUAUUAUGAAAGAUGAAUAUUAUACGUUGGAUGCUAAUGGUUCAAGUGAUGAUUUAAGACGAGAAAUUCGUCAUGUAACGGCAAUGGUUGAUGGAUGUGACAAAACAUCAGUUCGUUCUAUUAAGAAAAUUGGAGGGUUGCAAUCACUAAUGGUCAAUGGCAAAGUUGUUGAUGGAAAUAUCACAAAACAUAUUUUUUUGAGUGUCUUGAAGAAACUUCCGGCUUUACGUGUCCUUGAACUAAACUGCGAUGCGCAAACUCAAGAUUUGCGUUAUAUGGGAUAUCUAAAACAUCUUAGAUACUUAGACAUUUCCGGGAAUAAUCAGAUAACAGCAUUACCUGAUAGUAUUUGUGAUCUCUUUAACUUACAGACUUUGAAACUCAAUCAGUGUCCUUUGCUUGAAAGUUUGCCCAGAAAUACAAAAGACCUAAUUAGUUUGCGGCAUCUUUAUUUGGAGAGAUGUAAUGGAUUGAAAUAUAUGCCUAGAGGGUUGGGGAAAUUGAAACAUCUGAAGACGUUAAGCUUGUUUGUGUUAGGCAACAAGGAGAGAAACUGCCAACUAGAUGAAUUAAAAGAAUUGGAUAUCGGCGGAUCUUUGAAAAUUAAGAACCUUGAAAGAGUUAGUGAUGUGUUAGAAUCUAAACCACAAUAA